CUGUUUAAACACCUAACUCUAAUCUUAUCCCUAAUCCGUAUUAAAGAACUCUUCCUCAAUCAUUUUAAUUACGAACGUUUAUUCAUACUCCUGCAUGAAUAUUGUUUCACUGGAUUUUUUUGUAUAUGUCGGUGUUUUUAGUAUAAGCGGCGUAGGUGGUCGUUUGUUUACACCUCCAGAUGAUCGAGCUCAGCAGCUGUGAGUCACACGCCCAUGGCCUAUAUAACGAGAAAAUUACAUCGUUCCCGCGGAUUUCUGAGUCGAUAGCGUAUGAUGAGUUCUUUAGGGAAUUCUUAGAGAAAAAUAAGCCAUGUGUGUUCUCUGGCAGCUUCACCAAAGACUGGCGGGCGAGGGCUGACUGGGUGUCACCAAUUUUUACUCCUGAUGUUGACUAUUUACAAGAAAAUUUUGGUGAAGCAGAAGUGCCUGUAGCAGACUGUGACCAAAAGCACUACGAUUCACAGGAGAAAAAAACGUACAAGUUAAAGGAUUAUAUAGAUUAUUGGAAAGGCCUCAGGGAAACACCUUCAGGAACCAAGCAGUGUCUUUAUUUGAAGGAUUGGCAUUUUGUGCGAGCAUAUCCUGAUUAUGGUGCUUAUACAACCCUCCAAUACUUUGCAUCUGAUUGGCUCAAUGAAUUUUGGGAAGUCAGGGAGGAUAUCCAGGAUGAUUAUCAGUUUGUGUAUAUGGGACCGAAAGGAAGUUGGACUCCGUUUCAUGCCGAUGUCUUCCGAUCAUAUAGUUGGUCUGCAAAUGUUUGUGGACGAAAGAGAUGGGUAUUUUACCCUCCAGGGGAGGACCAGUACCUGCGAGACCCAUUUGGCACACCCAUAUAUGAUGUAGACUCUGCAGAACUGAGUGACUCGUCCAAAUACCCAAAAGCACCAUCAGCAAUGGGCCGCCUGGAGGUGAUCCAGGAACAAGGUGAAACUAUAUUUGUUCCUUCAGGAUGGCACCAUCAAGUCUGGAAUCUUGAGGACACCAUCUCCAUUAACCAUAAUUGGUUAAAUGGUACCAACAUUCACACAGCUUGGGACUUUUUGGUGGAGUCCCUUGACCAGGUUGAAUAUGCCAUCCGAGAUUGUUCUGAAAUGGAUGAUUGGGUUGGGCAGUGUCAGCUGUUGUUGCGGGCCACACAUGGGAUGGAUUACCAUGAAUUCUACACUUUUCUUCGCACUGUUGCUCGGCGGAGGAUUAACUACCUAGCAGGGAAAGGUGCUGUCCUCAGCUUUGGGUACUGGGAAAUUGGCAAAAAUCAUGCAGUGUAUGAUUUGAAGAAAUUAGAGUGGUGCUUGGAGAAGCUGCUGGACGAUGAGCGUCUGGAGACGAUCAAGAGUUUUAAUAACAUGGAGGAUCACCCGUCUCAACUCCUCGAUGAAGUUGUUUCAACUUUAUCGUGAUCUUUUACUUUAUUUAUGGUUUUACAUUCUAAAUUAACUCCUGCUGUCAUAAAUUAUGGCCAACUGAUUAGAAAGUUGCUGAUAAAGUUUGUGGUUCUACAGCUGAACUCUAACUAAGGCAUUUUAUUUUUUCAACUCAGAUGAGAAUACAGUAACUGUUGACUUCUCUGGGAAGGUAAAUUACAGUACAUGCUCACAGUCACAUUGACUCUUUGCUCUGGAUAUGUGGAUUUGUCCACUCUGGGGGAAGGAUUGAGGAAGUGAUGAUGAGUCCUACUCUUACAUGUUCUAACAACUCAUGUUUUGUAUUUUUAAUUUUGUCUUUGUGGGCAGGACCUUGAAAAAUAAAUCAUCCCUAUCCCUGUGUCUCGGAUGACUGAAAGGGUUCCGCACCAAAUCCAACCCUUUGUUUCUAUAGGUUGAAUAUUGCAAAAUUAUUCCUCCAUAUUCCCUUGUAUCAUAGAUGUUUAAAAGAGUUGGAUUUGAAGGUAGAGAACCUUUCUGAAAAAUUAAGAUCUCCAAGCUAUAGAUGUACAGUACAGUACAGUAUUAAGACUCAGUCAUUGUUUGUGUGCCUCAAUCUGCUUGUGAUUCUCUGUAUCCCUGAUCCACCUCACAUGGAUGGGAGAGGAAUAAUUGAUUACGUAUAAUAAAUAUAUAUCUAGACAGAUUUUGGAAUACAGUAUUUAUUAUUAAUGUCAUUACUCUGUAUAUUCUAUUAUGAUUUAAGUGGCCUUUACUGAAUGUUCUUCAGACAAUUCCUGUCACCUGCUGACAUGGGAGUUAUAUAAGAUCAUAUACUACAUAACUCUUUGCUCAGUUUUCUUACAGCAAGAAAAGUUUUUGUACUUGUCUUUCUUUACCGGAAAACAAAAACAAUAUCUGGGGAAAUUGUAAAAGCAAUUUCCCUUUUUUUUGUAUUUUAUGAAAGUUAAAAAAAAAUCUUAAAAACUUCCUGUACUUUAUGAUGAUGGAAAAUUUUUCUUUGUUCCAGAGAUAGAAUACAAAAUAAAAAAGCUUAUACAGUAAAUAUAAGAUCCAAUCUGGUGAUGCACAUGAAAACCAAUGUCUCACUUCAAGAACAUUUUCAGUUUCUUCAGUCUUCAAGAAUGUGGAAGAAAUUUAUGUUAGGAUUAAAUUUAUCAUGUGGUAAACUGUAAACUAAAAUUAAUUGAUGCAAGUUAAUCCUUGGAUACUGGUAUGUGCAUUUGUAGAGACACCAUUUCUUAUGGUACCUUCGGCCAGGGGUUCCCAACCUGUUGCUCACAUGUAUCACUGUGCUCCCUGAUAGUUUGACAGUGCUCUUCUGCUAUUCUUAGGAUUGUGUUCUUGAGCAUGAUUUUAAGCAAUGUAGAAGAGCAUUGUCAGACUAUCAGGGAACACAGUGGUGCUUGUGAGCAACAGGUUGGUAAACCUUGCCCUGGGUCUUAAUUAUUUACUCAACUCUGUAAAUGUGCCAAGAAUGACAGCUGAAGUACUUCAUUAUGUAUCUCAUAAUAUGUCACAAGAGCAGUUCCUAUUAUGUUUAUACUGAAUGACAAUUUUUUUUUUAAUGUAGCAACCCUGCCACCUACCCAUGACAAUUUGCAGAAAACAGUUACCCUGUACCAUAAUGGGGAAACCAUUUGCAAGAGUGAAAGUGGAGAACAUUAUAGUUUUUAAAAGUCCAAUUUAUCCAGACUGCUUCCCCUAAUAUUAUGUGUGUUUACAUGCAGUGAUUUUAUUCAGUGAGACUUAUUUAAUCUUAAAGAUUAGAAUAAGUCCGAGGAUUUAUAGAAGAUUCUGAAUCAUUGGAUGUAUCUAUUGCUGUGCCUCCUUUUCUGUAUUUUUUUUUUUUUUUUUUAUAAAAUUUGGAAUAUUCAGUUGAAUUUGGUGGAAAGACUGUUUAGAAUCUGUAAAACCUAUACAGUAUAGCCUUAAACUUUAGAGCCGAGGGUACAUGAGCAAGCAAAAGAAGAGGUGACAAAGUUACGACCAAAGGAGUAUGUGAACAUGGGAGGUGUAGGGAAGAAUGGGUGUGCUGUGGACUGGCAAACAUAGUAAUGACUGGAGGAGACUUUACAUGCCACCCUAUUUAAUAGUAGGAAACAGUCAGAUGGAGAUGGGUAAAUAGUUGACUACUACUCAGUACACCAUUGAUGAUAUAUUCAACAUCAAUAGUGUCAGGAUGGCUCAGAAGUUAUGGUAAUGAUAGGUACAAAUCCCUCUUAAGUGCCAUAUAAUUUCCAAAAUACUGCCACUUUGUACUAAUAUUCAUAACCUCACAUAGUAGAUGAGUUAAUUAAUAGCUGUGGCUGAAUAAAAUGUCAGCUGUAUUACUGUAAAUCUACCAUGAAUGCAUAGUUGUAGACAUUACAAAAUAUGUAAAAUAAUGUGUAUUCAUAAGCUUCUUGGGGAUGACUAUUAACAGUGUGUGGGUAGGUCACCACUCUUUUAAUGAGUAGAGUUCACAUUCCCAAUUAGGAGUUAGUUUAAAAAAAUAUUUUCAACGACAGCAGUCCUUGAAAUGCAAAAUGUUAACCUGACUGCACUGUGAUAUUGGAAGUGUUGGCCUGUUGUAUUAAAUUUUGAUGGCUCUCAGGAGGAUGUUGACAAUUAUAACAGGAACUAUCCAUAUAGUUUAAUGCACAAUGUGUGUAUGCAGAAUCUCUAUACGUAUCUUAACAUUUAUGUACCGUAUAAUCAAAGAAAAAAGUUGUGUUACACCCCUAUAGCAUUGUUCCAAAACCCAUGGCAAAGAAUUUGGGUAAAGUGACAGCGAAGCUUCAGGGGUUGAGUCUGAAGGGAAACUUUACUAAAAUUCUUCAUCGUGAGUUUCAGAACAUUUGGCACAGUAAAUGUAAUUUUAUUUCUUUGAUUCUACUUGUAAAGAAUAUUAUUUCUAUGCUGAAAAACUUUAUUAAUCUUUGCAAUAGUAUUUAAACAUAAGGAUUUCUACAAGCUGUGAUCUUUAGUUUACAUAAUUUGACUGAAUAUGUUCUACUAUUUUAUCUAUAUUUAACUGGAUGUACAGUAUAAUUUCCUUUGUAGGUGUAAAAAAUAUAUUAGCAAUAUAGUGUCUACUAUGUAGGAAUUGUGUUGCAACCCUAUACAAACAAAAUGCAGUAUUCAGAUUAUCCUUUUUGUGUAUAGGUAACCCUCGAGAUACAAAUUGGUUAGGUUCCAAAAAACAUUUGUUUGGUGAAUUUUCGUAUCACAAAUAGAAAAAUACAGUACUUACAGUAUAUGGGAAAAAUACCCCAAUAUCAUACACCAAAAACACAAAAUUGGUUCACAAGCAAGAACAAAACCUACUUAACUAAUAAUAAAUAGUACACAACUACAGUAAUUUACUACCUAACACAUGAAAUAAAAUUAAUAAAAUACUGUUAAACUUUGGUACAUUACCUUAUGGGAGGGCAGUCUGGGCUCACCACCACAAGGGGGUGGGCUGAGUAAGGGCCUUACUCAGUGAGAUGAGGAGGAUUGUCCACCUCAUCACUGCUGUCUGCCAAGGACACCACAGUCACACCAGAGGUGGAAGGAGUGAAGAAAAUUGUGGCCACAGUAGAAGCGGCCAGACCAAGAUGUUUCCCAAUCUUGGUAGGGCCAUCACCAUGUUCAUGAUGCUUAAUUACCUCCAGCUUUGUCUCUAGUGUCACAGCCUUUCAUGGUUUCUUCGGUGUAGUACAGGUAGCCGAAAAUACAGCAGAACACUUGGAUGCCAUAACAAAAGGAUGGCACGAAUACACAUGGAUAAAGAGAGAUCACUUCACACACAUAAUGAAUGCCAGAAGGAAAGAUGCUGGAGGGAGGGUGGGUUAUGAUCAGUGAGCAAGAAUACGUCUCUGCGCAUCUUUCCUCAAGAUGGCCGUACCAGCUGACUCCCAGAAUGCGAAAUUUGAAUUUUUGCCGGGACCCAAAUUCGUAUAAGGGGGGAGGGGGGACGUUUGUUUCUCUAAAUUGUGGUGUCAAUUUACGAAAUUCGUAUAAGUGAAUACAGUACGAAUACGCAUCUUAAACGUUCACAUCUCGAGGGAUACCUGUAGAAUGAAUUUUCUGUACAUUAUUAGAAUGAUAGUGGAUUUUACCCAUUCACUUUGUAUAAUUUGUAUGCAAGUUAAAGAUUGGAGUGUUCGUAAUUGAUGUUUCAGCUCUUUCCUAUUACUUUCUACACUUCUAUUGCUUUUCUCACUAUGCAUGUACAGUAUUUCUUUUAUAACUAUAAUGCCAGUACAGUACAGUAUUAUACAGUAUUUAUAAUACAGUACAGUACUCAUUUCAAUAGCCCCACUCACUUAAAUGCACUAUGUAUAAUCCAAUGUUGUAACUGAUACGAUUAUGUCCAUAACCUUAAAUUUGAUGCAAUGUUUAAAUUUGUACCCAAUGUGACGUUGAGCUACUUUGAAUGAUGCAGGCAAAAAUCAAGCUGUAACCCCCACCUUCCCUCACCAGGAAUCUUUCCACCUAACGCACCCAACUCUCUUAUCAGUGUAAUCACAGCUGCCAUAAAAGUCUUCAUGUAACAUAUUUAUUCUACUGAUAUUUUAGAGAUACAAUAUGGCAAAAGCACUUAGUGACAGUGACAAGGAAGAGUAAUGUCCUAGAUCUUGGUGAGUAAGCGCUGUUAUCCCAUUCCAAUGUUUGUUUCUGACCGUGUCAAAAUAAACUCGGCAUUAGGGAAUAACUCCAUUCAGGUAAGAAAUGCUGCACAUUUUAGAAAGAGAUAUUAAUAAUAAAUUAUCAUUACACAUUAGCUUCAUGUUAACAAAAUAAAAACAGAAAACAAAUUAUUCUUCAUGUGGCUGCUUUUGCAUAUUUUGCACUAGGAAGUGAAGUGGUAAAAGUGAUAGAAAGUUGUUUUGAUAAAGUUGUUGCAAAGACAGAAUAUAUUUAACAUAAUACAGUACUACACCUUUUAUGCUGACCUUAUUUCUUAUAUCACUAAUUGGAGGUAGACUGGUUGGGUAAAGGAAGGUAUUGGAGAUGCGAAAAGUAGUGGUGUGCAUGUAUGAAGAGAGAGCAGGUGCUGGAUGGUUUUUAGGGAUGUGCGUAAUGCUAAUGUUGUAUGGGCGGGUAAAUCAGAUGGAGAUCUUCGGGCCUUGUUGGGGAAGGUCAUCAUCGUAGUAUCGUACAGUAAAAUGCUUCUGGUAAGGCAGGUAUAAUGAAUGAAUGACAGAAAAUAUAUUGGUUAUUUAUCUUAUUGCAAAGUGAUAAUCAUUACAGCCAAAACUACUUCAGAAACUUUUGAUUUUUUUUUUUAUAUUGUAUAUAAAUUGUUCUCUUUUUAUUAUACUACAGUACACUAUUUAUUAACAGUAAAAUUAGAAAGUAAUCAUUGAUUAAGCUGGUGAUGAAAAUGUUGACAAAAAUAAAUAUACAGUAAAGUGUGUUACGGUAGUUCAUAUAAGGUGCUCCGCAAUACAAAGGGUCUCCAGAUAGCUCAGUCCAUGCUCUACAAUACUAGACUGACAUCAUAUGACUGAUUUUCGAAUUGACAGAGGUGAACCUGCCAAAUAAUAUCACUCUUGUAUUAUACAGCAUGGACUGAGCUAUCUAGAGACUUAGAAAACAAAAUUAUCGACCCAUGGCAGGCUCCCCUUGUCAUGUGGAGUUCCUCAUAUAGCAUUUGUUUUUUUUUUAAUAUUUUUACUCGAGUUAGAAUUAUUAAAUGACAAACUUUUUGUUUAACAUUAGUUUUUACAGUUUCUAAGAAUAUCUGGAGGGUCUAAUAAUAAUAUAGUAUUACCGUAAUCAUUGUAGCUUAAAAGCUGAUUUGCAAGUUAUCAGGACUGGAUGGUGCUAUUACUGCCUAGAGGUUUUCAGUUACUGUAGCAGUUAAUGAUCAUCAAUUAAUAGCUGUAUAAUAUGUUAAAAUUAAGACAUGGGUGUACCAAGUUUCUUGAGGGCAGAGUGUAUGUCCAAUGAAGAGACUGGUUGGCAAUCUAACAUUUGCUGAGAUAAAUAUCAAAGAUAUGGGCCUUAGUGUUUGUGGCCACAAUGUGAAGUGCCAGAUACUACUGAAUAUUCUUCAUAAUUAGCUUAUUAUAAAAAUAUGUUUUAAAUGUACAAGAUAUGUAUCUAUAUACUGUAUAAAAAUAUAUGUGUAUUUCAGUACUGUAGUCAUAUUUGUGAUGAUAAAAGUACAUACCAUGAAUAGGAGUACACUACAGUCUCGAGGAUAAUUCUUAUUUAUACAUAUUGAAGAAAAUAUUAACGUCUCAUUUUCAGUUGCUAUUUCUAUUCAGCUUUAAGGUCACCUGCAUAUUACCAGUAGUUAUACUGUAUGUAAUUAUUGUCAUAAUACUUGAGUAGUGAGUUGUUUGGUAUGCUGAAAGUAAUUGAUAUUAAUUGUACAGUAUAUAUAUAUAUAUAUAUAUAUAUAUAUAUAUAUAUAUAUAUAUAUAUAUAUAUAUAUAUAUAUAUAUAUAAUAUUUGUCUACUAUAAACCACAAUUGCCUUCUCCUUAUUGUUCAACACAUUGCAUCAUGUACAACAUUAUUUUACUAGAGAGCCCAGUACAGUACUGUACUAUGUGGUUUCAUUUUCUUUUAUCUCCUUAAAUACGCUUAAUUAGGCCUAACCCCCUUUUGCAUAUUUUCAUUAAUCAUGAAAUUCAUCAAGCCAGGGUUCUUGAUUCAAAGGACUUCCCAAAACUCUGUGUAGUGUUUGCCUAAAAUUUGGAACAUCAACCAACUAAACUGAAUUGUAAUUUGCCAGUAAAAUUCUAGCUUGGUGUUACAGUGGAGUCACGCUAAUUCCUGAAAUAUGGAUUCUCAUUCUUAAAUUCAUGGGUAACUAUUACCAUGUCUUCUUUAAAAUUUCAUAGUCAGCUACUCGUCAUUUGUGGCCAAGUGACAGCUGCUGCAGUGUUUAUUUCCAUAAGAAACCAUGAAAGUUGUGGCAAUAUCAUUUUAGUGCUGUAAGCUCACUUAGAAAUAAAGGAAAUACAAUAUAAAACUAUAAAAUAACAAAAUUGAAGAGUGUUUAGUGAAUUCUGUGCAGGAAAGAUGGGAGGUAGGGCAGUUGGGUGGCUGGACUGAGCGAAAAAUUCCUUCCCUUCUGCUCCCGUAGUGCUCUGUCACCCUGCGACUCCUUUAGCACAUCAGUAUGCAAUUUCACCAUAAUAUUUAAGUUCAAUUGGUGCCAGGUUAAUACAAAAUUAUCAUAAAAAUAUUAUAUUUUCCUGAAAAAAAUAAUUCAUGGUUUGAUAAUUCAUCAUGUCUUCUGGUACCUAACCUGCAAAUUAUCAUGACUCCAUUGUAUUGUUUUACUCCUGCAUUGAAUUGAUUUUAAAUAUAUGAAGAACAUUUUAUAAAAAAGGAACACGUGAUCUUUUGUUACUAUAUAGUGCGUGUUGCUGGCUAUUUGUAUCUUCUUGUGCACCUUUGUCUAAAUAUGCAUUUGCAAAUCAUUUCCCGACUACUUAUUCACAAGACUUACAGUUUUGUUUCCUGCUAACAAACUUACCAUAAUAGCCUUCCUCUUUAUACUACAGAGAACUCUUAAAGGGUUUAACAUUUUAACUCAGAAUUUAUAAAAAAUUCAAAAUGAAUUAAGCUAGUCAUGAUCUUCUUACUCUACUUUAGACAGUGUACAGCACAAUAAAAAUUGGAAGUUC